AUGAAGCUCGUCAUCCUUUCCCUCCUUGUCACAUCCCUUGUGGCUCCCGCCAUCGCGCACAACUUCUGGAUGGUACUUUACCACGGCUCAUUCUCCGAGCUGGGCUUCAAGUUUAUCUCGGAGGCACCGCAGUGCACUGCUGAGCUACACGAUGCCAAGCUCUAUGCAGACCGAUCCGAUGUCAGCGGUGACAAGUGGGGAGUUCGAUACGAGCUUUACGGUGGCAUUACCGACAUCGUCGAGUGGAACACCAACGACGAGAACCUCGGACAUCACACUAUGUACAGAGACCGUGAUUACGGCAUCUACGACACGAACGACAACAGGAAGGGCAGGUGUAUUCCUGACAGCACCAGAGAUUUCGAUUGCCUGUUUCAGUUCACUCGCGUGUCCGGGUUCUCGAUAUUGAACUGCACUUCGGAUUCUAUCCACGUCUAG